AUGGCUGCCGGGAAGGGAGCUCUGCGGAGCCCUUCAGCUGAAAACAGAUGGCGGCUUAGUGAACCCGAGCAGGGCUGGGGCCGCAAGCCAGUGCUGCUGGAGAAAACAAACUGCCUGGGCUCUGAGGCUGCCCCGGGCAGCGGUGGCCGGGAUGAGGCCUGUGCCGAGAUGGCGCUGUCAGCAGCCCCGGGCAAGCUCAGGCUGGGAAAGCUGAUGCCCUGGAAGGCUUGCUGGGAACAGAGGCAGAGCGCCUUCAUGGAGGUGCCUCGGCUCAAGAAGAGGCUUGGGGGCAGGCAGGCCCAGGAGAGGGUGCACAGUGGCUCUGCAGGCCAGCCUGGCCCCCAGCAGCUGGCCCUGGACAUCUCCAGGGACCUGGCUAGCAUCACCUGCUUCUCAGUGUGGCCUGGUGGAGCCCACGGGGAGCAGAGAAGUGCCUUCAGCAAGCCCACCAGGAGUCCAGCAGGGAGACCGGGGCCAGCCUCCGUCUUCCAGGCAGGCGGACCUGUAGACGCCCUGGGGGAGUUGCUGGGACUCAUCAACACAGUAGAUGUCACUUGCUGGGGUCGACUUUCCAAGUCCAAGAUUUUGGUGGGUGAUUUCUGGAACCUGCAAAUGGUGCCACCAAAUGCUCCUCUCUGCGGCACUUUCCUGGGUGACCCCAUGCUGUGGCUCAAGCAUGCCACGGCCCAGAUACCCACACCUCCGUCGUGCUCCUCCACUGCCUCUUGGGCCCUGCUGCCCCCCACGCUCACCUCCCUGGGCCUGUCCACCCAGAACUGGUGCGCCAAAUGCAACCUCUCCUUCCGCCUGACCUCCGACCUGGUCUUCCACAUGCGGUCCCACCACAAAAAGGAGCACGUGGGGCCCGACCUGCAUUCUAAGAGGCUGAGAGAAGAGGCCCUCACAUGCCCCGUUUGCCACGAGUACUUCCGCGAGCGCCACCAUCUCUCCCGGCACAUGACUUCUCACAGUUAA